AUGAGCGAAUGGGAUGAGCUGAGAACGAGAGCAAGGCAAAUUGAAACGCAAUUAGAUGCGAAAUUGAUUUCUUUUGCGAAAAUCGGAAAUCGUCAAGGAAUUUCAAGCAUCGAGCGCGAAAUCGACGAGCUGCUUAUCGAGCUGGACGGGAUCACGGAACGCAUGGGUGCAUAUGCCGACCAACCAGCUGUUCGAAAUAACGCCACUGUAACCCAUACUCUUACCCGUCAUCGUGAUAUUCUUCAAGACUACAGAAACGAAUACAACAAGACAAAGAAUAAUAUUUCUGCCAGUCAAGCUCGAGAAGAUUUGCUCGGCUCUGUCCAGCGAGAUAUUGAAGAAUACAGAGGCCUCAAUGGAUCCACAAGACAAGAUAUGUACGCGCAAGAAAGAGAUCAUCUCCUGAGCUCUGACAGACUGGCCGACACUGCCAUUGAAAUCGCUAGCCGGACUCAGGACCAUUUACGGCACCAGCGCGCCAUGCUCAACGGAAUUUCCACGCGAAUGCUCGACCUCGCCGCUCGAUUCCCCCAGCUCAAUUUUCUUAUACAAAAAAUCUCCAUGCGAAAGCGGCGAGAUACUGUCAUCAUGAGCGGGAUUCUAAAAAUGUCGGACGACGAAUUUGAAUCGGAGAAACGAGACAAUCGCCGAGGUCUGUCUUUCAAGACUUCGCUGAGCCGGGAUUCGUGGGAGAGAAUUUAUGCGGAAGACAAGGAGAACAGAUUCAACUUCCUUGUCAGCCAAACUGACAUUACCGACUUUCUCGGGCCUGAUCACGAGUUGACAAAGCUCAAGGAGCGCCGCGCGAUAGAAGCGGAAGAGAAGAAGGCGAAGAAAGGAGAUGGAAAUCGACGACGAGGAAAAGCGAAAGCGGACGAGGUCGACGAGUCCGAAAUAGAAGAAGCAGAAGCGAGCGAGGUCAAGGGAGUGCGAUUUAGCGAGUCGCCGCCUUACGUCAAAUUCGGCAAAAUGCGCGACUACCAGAUUCGAGGAUUGAACUGGAUGAUCGGCCUCUACGAAAAGGGAGUGAGUGGCAUUCUAGCGGACGAAAUGGGUCUCGGAAAGACGCUGCAGACCAUUUCAAUGGUUGGCUACUUGAAAAACUACCAGAAAGUCAACGGGCCGCAUUUGGUGAUUGUGCCAAAGUCGACGAUUCAGAACUGGAUGAACGAGUUCGACCGCUGGUGCCCGAGUUUGAGAUGCGUUUGCAUGAAUGCGAGCAAGGACGAAAGAGCGAUCUUCAUCCGCGAUGUUUUGUCCCAGGGCGAUUACGAUGUCGUCGUCACGACUUACGAACAGUGUAUGAUGGAAAAGACGAGCUUGAAAAAGAUCAACUGGCGCUACUGCAUCAUCGACGAAGCGCACCGAAUCAAGAAUGAAAAGUCCAAACUUUCGCUGAUCUUGCGCGAAUUCCGAACUACGAAUCGCUUCCUUCUCACCGGUACACCUCUCCAAAACAAUCUUCACGAGCUUUGGGCAUUGCUCAAUUUCUUGCUUCCAGAUAUUUUCGUCGAUGCCGAGAAUUUCGAUGAAUAUUUUGACCAAAAAAAGCUUGGCCAAGAACUUGACUUGAUUUCGCGACUGCAUAUGUUGCUCAAGCCAUUUAUGCUUCGCAGAGUAAAGGCCGACGUAGAGAAGUCGCUCCUACCAAAGAAAAUGAUCAACAUCUACGUCCCUAUGUCUCAAAUGCAGAAGGACUGGUACAAAAAGAUUCUUCUCAAGGAUAUCGACAUUUUGAAUACUGGUGGUGACAAGGGCGGUGGGAAAAUGCGGCUGAUGAAUAUUUUGAUGCAUUUGCGAAAGUGCACCAAUCAUCCAUAUCUUUUCGAUGGUGCCGAGCCCGGGCCGCCCUACACGACCGAGCAGCAUAUCGUCGACAAUUGCGGCAAAAUGGUUAUUCUAGACAAGUUGCUUCAAAGGUGCAAAGCGAAUGGUGACCGGGUUCUGUUGUUCACCCAGUUUACAUCGAUGCUUGAUAUCUUCGAGGAUUACUGUCUUUGGAGAGAUUACAAAUACUGUCGACUGGACGGAGGAACCGACCACUCUGAGCGAACUCAGUCUAUCGACGCUUACAACGCUCCCAACAGUGAAAAGUUCUUGUUCAUGCUCUCUACCAAAGCCGGAGGAUUGGGCAUCAACUUGAUGACAGCCAACGUGGUCAUUAUCUACGAUUCGGAUUGGAAUCCGCAGAACGAUCUUCAAGCGAUGGAUCGUGCUCACCGAAUCGGUCAAAAGAAGCAAGUUUAUGUCUACAGAAUGAUCACAGAUGAUUCUGUCGACGAACGUAUUAUCGAGCGAUCAGAGCUCAAGAUGCGACUUGAUAGCGUCGUCAUUCAACAGGGACGACUAGCAGAUCAAAACAAAAAGCUCAAUCAAAAGGAAAUGUUGAACAUGAUCCGUCACGGAGCGAGUAAGAUCUUCGCUGGCGAAAGCACAGGAGCUCUCGAUGUCAAUCUGAACAUCGAGGAAGUCCUAAAAGCCGGAGAAAAGAAAACAGAGGAACUAGCGGCCGAAUACGACAAAAUUGGUGAGAACGCGGCGCAAAAGUUCACCUUAGACGAAAACACCGAUUACACUUGUCAUGUCUGGAACGGCGUCGACUUCCGAGACGAGAAGAAAAAAGAGAGCAAGUUGAUCGAUGUCUGGAUCGAGCCUCCAAAGCGAGAGCGAAAGGCAAACUAUGCUGUUGAUCAGUAUUUCAAGGAAGCUCUCCGUGUCAACGAUCCCAAAGCGCCAAAAGCACCUCGUCCGCCAAAACAACCGGACAUCAAAGACUAUCAGUUCUAUCCCCACGAACUGAUCCCUCUUUUGCGACAAGAAGUCCUUGCCUAUCGAAAGCAAGUCAACUACAAAGUCCCUAUCGAUCCAGACGCCGAGCAUCCUAAGAAAAAACAGAAAGCGGAGCAAGAGAAAAUCGACAACUCAGAGCCGCUAAGUGAGGAGCAAAUAAGGCUACGGGAUGGCUACUUGGAGCUAGGAUUCGCAAAUUGGACGAAGAGAGACUUCAACGCGUUCAUCAAGGGCAGCGAAAAGUAUGGAAGGGGCGAUAUCAAGAGCAUUGCCGCAGAGAUCGAUGGGAAAAGUCUCGGAGAAGUCACCGAAUAUCAUGCGAUAUUCUGGGAUCGUUAUGAAGAGAUCCAAGAUCACGAACGGCUGAUCGGAAUCAUCACUAAGGGAGAAGAGCGGAUCGAGAAGAAGAUCCGCAUGAAAAAGGCUCUUUCGCAGAAGGUUGCAAGUUACAAAUUCCCCGAAAUCCAACUUCGCAUUCCGUACAUGUACGCCGCUGGCAACCGAAAGAACUACACGGAAGAGGAAGAUCGUUUCCUCGUCUGUAAGUUGGCAGAGUUUGGAAUGGAUACAGAGCACGCGUAUGACAACAUCAAGGCGCUGGUCAGAUUUGAUCCAAAGUUCCGUUUCGAUUGGUUCUUCCGAAGCCGGACAAGCGCAGAACUCCAGAAGCGGUGCAAUCAACUCGUGAAUAUCAUCGAGCGAGAAAUCAACGGUCCUUCGAAGGACGACGACAACGACAGAAAGCGCAAACGCACUGGCCAGAGCAAAAAUGCAAACGCUAAAAAGCAAAAAUUAGAGACCAAGGCAUAG